GAGAAAUCGCAAAGCACAAACACAAGGAACAACAUAGAAAAUAUUAACGGACAGAUUCUUUUAUUUUUUGUAAAUGAGAAUUGGCAUUCACUGCAGUAGUUUCGUGAUAGUCUUUCUUCUUUCGUAAAGCGUCAAGUUCUUGUUGUAAACUGCUAAUUUCUGCAUCUAUGGUUUUACGAACCGAAUCCAGAUCCGUACGAAUAAACCUAUGGUAGGAAAGUUAGUACAAGAAGAAGAAACAAAGGAAAAGGAGCCGUAGAAUCCUGAGAUAAUCUGUCCCCAAAUUGCCAUUACCCCCCAGAAGAAUACAAACAACAUACAUUUUUCCAACACCGCCGUAGACGGCAGCAUCUUUUCCAACGACAUCUAAUUCUUUCUUUGCCAAUUCCUUGAUUCUACAAGAGCGUUCUUUAGCCGUUACUUGCAAUAAAAUCGAUCGCAAUUGUUGUUGCGAAUCUAUGGCCUUCUCUUGAAUCUGAGUUGCCAGCUAAAACAUUUUUGUUAGAACAACAAUUCUGCUUUUCAUAAAAAGAGUUUUCCCACCUGUUCCAUAGUUGAAAGCAGUAAAAUUCAGAGUUUUAUUAUAGAAGGUGAAAUUGGAAAAUUGGUUUUUUCGGAACAGAAAAGAAAAUCAGAAAUAAACAAGAAUCUAAGAAAACCGGUUAAAACGAUCUCAAAUGCUCCCUCUGGGUUUGUUUAUGGUAGAAGGAACUAGCAGACAAGCACCGUACUUGUUGUUAGUAGCACUAUGUUUAGGGAGGCUUUGCUAUAUUUGCUUAUUCUUGGCUAAGGACAAACUGCAACGCAAAGACAGGUUCGUACAUAAUGGGAGGAAAGUGAACCUGGUUUCUUCCCUUUGCAGACGAAAAGUAAAAAUAAUCCUAUAUAUAUAUAUAUUUAAUUCAAAGAGGAAAGCAAGUUUUGUAAUUGAAUUGAAUUCUUGGAUAAAACUUUGGCCCGGUCUUUAAAUUUUUGCUCGUAAUAUCAAUUGUGAUUGAGUUCUCUGAAUUUGGUUAUUCUUUUUCUGUUUCAUUAUACUUUCAGAGCAGCUUGUCUUGUACCGUUUUCCUUGUAAACAAACUCUAGUCUUUCUCUCUACAUCCAAGAAGGGCGGGCAUUGUUUGUUUCUACGGUUUUUCUUUUGAUUCCCUAGUUUUCUUACAAUUUUCGAAUUUAAACCAAUUCCCUAAUUAGACUAAGUAGUAUGAAUUUGCCAGAACCUACUGCUAUUCAGAAGCCUAUUCCUGUUGAGGAAUUUCUGCAAAUCAAAGAGCAAUAUGAGUCAGAACAUCCUUUGAUAACGUUACAAACCAAGUUCAAUUUGGCAUGGGCUCUCGUUUGCUCUGAAGAUCUUCAGCAAGUACAACAAGGUCUCACUCUGUUUUGUACCAUAUACAGAGACUUUGCUGAACGUCGUUUGGAGUCUUUGUACUACAUAGCGCUAACGCAGUACAAAAUGAAGCAAUAUGAAGAAUCACGUCGGUAUUUGAACAUGCUGCUUGCGAAGGAUCCCUCUAACCCUCAAGCAUUGAAGUUAAAGUCUCUUUUGUAUAACGCUGUCACAACGGAAGGAUACAUUGGAAUUGCAGUUGUAGCAGGUGCAGUUGUUUCUGCCGCCGCAUUGGUUGGCUGGGCUUCCAAGCGUUUGUUUUCCAGACGACGAUAGUGCUUACAGGACUGCUUAAUGUCGCUUAUGAUUCCUUUUUCUUUGUUGUAAUGAAUUUUUUCUUUCUUUAUUUAUAAUAGUAAUUUCCGUAUGGUCAAGUUUGUUUUUUAUACAAAUUUUUUUUUCUCUUACAUACGGCUUUUUUCCCCUUUGAUUGAUUAGACAAAAAAGGGUUUUUAUAAAGCUUCUGAGCUAAUAAAGCAUGAAAUCGAACUAAUCAACGAAGGUCACAUUCUAUCGUACACAUAAAAUUUUCAUAAAUUAAAGAUGUUUUCUUCUAAAGUCAGUAUAUCUUUCUUCUUUCCCUCUAAGUGUUGCUGUAAAAGAGCAGUUUGUUGCUCUAAUCUUUCCAAGUUACGCUCAAUUAAAGAAUAAUCGGGACGUAAGCCUCCGGCCUUUAGGUCGGCCAAUACGCCGUACUUGUAAUCUAAAAGUUUCAAUAAAUCUCUUCGUACAAGCUGAGAGCGACUUUGGAGAAUGCUGCUCUCAUCAACUUCUCUCUGUAACUUUGUGAUCUUUUGUUCUAAAGUAGCUAGCUCAUUUCGUAGUCCAACAAUUUCCCAGUCAGAGUCAUUUACGUCUUUUGGAGUCUCUAAAUCGCUUCUAGGACGCUGAAUUGUCAACGUGGAACCUACGCUCUGCGACUCUCGCAUAGUAUGCGAUGGGUCGUUAGCUUGAAGAUUGUAGUCGAUAUUUCCUUUCUUAAAACUUGCGCGAAGACCGAAAGGAACGUCCUUGGGGAUUCGGAACCCUUGGGAACGUUGAGUGAGGAUAUGUAAAAAUACGAGACAUUGAUCUUUGUCAAUGGUUUCUGCUUUUUGAGGAUUGACUAGAUUCCAUGCUUUCAUGAUUUGUGAGCGAGGGAUCCCUAGAUGUUCGUAAACGGGAGCAAAAGAGUUGUACGAAACAGCGCCAUACUUAUCGGAAUGUGAGCUAUAUACAUCGGUAUAGCGCAUUCUAUCAGAAGGUGGCAUAUACCAGUCAAACCCAUCUUUUAGAAUAUCGUCUUCUGGAUCAUCUAUCUCUUGAGAAGCAACGUUCACCUCAUCGCUUCCUUGGAGGGCUUCACGGGCAGCUAUUAAGUGUUGUUUGGAAGGAGGGACUAGCUCAUCCGGAAUUUCUGGAGGAACAUCAUGGUAUAUCUAAAGACUGUUAGCAACACGUCUCAUUUUGUUUUACGAAUUGUACCCCGUUAAUGAUGUUAAAAGUAAUCUUCAUAGCAAUGCUAAAUUCAUCAAAAUCCAGUUGUCCAUCUUCAUCAAUAUCUUAAAUAAAAUAAAAUGUUAGCCCUUCGAAUUGCAGACGUUCGUGAAUGAGUUAUCAUCCAUCCAUUCACUGUAGCAGUACCUACCGACCAAAUCCCAAAGCUUGGCUAGCUUGUCAUUGCCGAGUCGACUACUUUGAAGGAUACUGCAAGCUUUUUCUCCUGAAACAUAGCCGCCUUCUGGAUGUAGGCUACGAAAAAUUUCCCAGAAUUUGUUUUUUUCCUGAGGAUCCAUCUGUAUUCAAGUAAGAAAUCCUAAUUUAGCAAAAAAUGGUAGAUGAGUCACAAUAUUUCCUAAUAAAAUAUAACCG